AACAGACAUUGUGGAGCAAACGAGCGGAGAGGCAGCAAAAACAGAAGCAGUCGCAGUUUGCUAGAAGUUUUCCAGUCGUUCGUGCGGUCGUGUUCGCUUGCUCUGCGCGUUGAUUAAAAGUGUUGUGUUUAGUUUUCCCCAAGACCAAGUGCAUUUUAGGGCAAACAGUAUGGGUAACAAAUCGUCCCUGUUGCUGCGUGAGGAGGAGAUUGCCCAAAUCCACGAGGAGACUGGCUUUACACCAAACCAGAUAGAGCGGCUGUACUCCCGCUUCACCUCGCUGGAUCGCAACGACUGCGGAACGCUUUCGCGGGAAGACUUCCUGCGCAUUCCCGAGCUGGCGAUCAAUCCGCUGUGCGAGCGCAUCGUGCACUCCUUCUUUGCCGACAGCAACGAUGAUCGGGUCAACUUCCGCCAGUUCACGCGCGUCCUCGCCCACUUCCGGCCGAUCAAGCCGAACAAGGAGAACCGGCUGAACAGCCGGGAGGAGAAGCUGCGGUUCGCCUUCAAGAUGUACGACCUGGACGACGAUGAGACGAUCUCGCGCGACGAGCUGCUCAACAUCCUGCAGAUGAUGGUCGGAGCAAACAUUAGCCAGGACCAGCUGAACAGCAUCGCGGAGCGCACGAUCGUGGAAGCGGAUACGGUCGGCGUGGGCAAGAUUUCGUUCGACGACUUUUGCCGCGCCCUGGAGCGCACGGAGGUGGAGCAGAAGAUGUCGAUCCGCUUCCUGAACUAAAACCGGGGUGCAGA